AGUACAUCGGCGACCACCUGCCGGAGGGGGAAUUUCAAUGAGCGAUGGCCGCCGUGGGAAUUUCGGAGAACUUGUGAUUCAACCAUGAAGACCCAGGAUCCAAUUGGAAGUUAAUGCUUUCCAUUGUGUGAUAAAACUGAUUCUGUGGUGUUCAGAUGUGGAGAGUGAAAGAUGAUGAUUUUUCACUAAAACCAAAGAUAAAACAGUGUGAAAGUGGUAGCUCUACCAUGAAAGUGACAGUGUGCUUCAGUGGUGUACGAGUGGUCGUCCCUUGUGGAGAUGGAAAUGGAUCAGUACGGGACCUCAUGCUCCAGGCUGCCUCUCGCUACAAAAAGGCAACGGGAAAGCCGACCGACUGCUGGGUGUCUGUGCUCUCCCUGCAGUCGUCCGACGGCGGCCUCCUCGACCCCGACGACCGGCUCAGCGACGUGGCCGACGACCGCGAGCAGAUCGUGGCCGUGUUCGAGGAGCGCGACGGCCGCUCGGCGCUCUACCGCGGCGGCGACGGCACAUCGGCCAGCUCGGACGGCACGCGCAGCCCCGUCCAGUUCACGAACGGCGAACACCAGCCGUACCCGACGUUCUCGCGUGUCGAUGUGGAGGUGACUGGGGAGCACGAGCCCAGCUGUCUGCUGCAGGUGCGCCGCGGCAGCGAGCCCACGCUGAACCAGGUGUGUGCCACCCUGCCGCAUCUCGCGCCGCCACCCCUGCGCACGGACGCCAGCAAACGCUGGUCGGCGGCGCCCAUCAUCGAUGAUGACAUCCAGGCCAGCUCCACGCCCAUCAAGAACACCAGCCUGGAGCAGCUGACUCCCCCGGGAGAGCGCCAGGAGGCCUCCGGUGACGAGCGGGAAUCGGGCGCCUUCUCCCGGUUCGCGCGCGACUCCCAUCGAUUGUCGAUGCAGUUCGGCGGCAACGGAGACGCCAUGUGGAGAUGGGCGGACGCGGCGGGCCGGCUCCAGGAGGCCGACCUCCAGGAGCGCCGCUGGGAGCCGGUCGGCGCCAACCCGUCACCGGAGGGCUCCGGGGACGACGGCGACGAGCUGCCCCCGCAGCAGCAGCAGCAGCCGGCGCGGCUGGUGGUGCUGACUGACGUAUCGGGACCGCUCGGCAUGCACGUGGUGCCGGACUGUGACGGCUCCGGCCGCGACUCUGGCCUGCUGGUACAGCGUGUCGAGCCGGGCAGCGCCGUACAGAGAGACGGACGGGUGGCCGUCGGGGACCGGAUCGUGCAGAUCAACGGACACAGCCUGAGGAACAUCAGCUUCCAGAGGGCGCAGGAGAUAUUCCUGAGCGCCAUGUCAGCGGGCCAGCUGCGUCUGCUGGUGGAGCCGGGCGCGGCCGACCCCCCUCCGUCCGCCGGCCCGGCGCUCGCCGGCGGAUCCCGGGUGGCCACCGUCAUACCCACCAAGAAACCCGUGUCGCUGUCGUCUCGGACCCAGAGCGUCAUCCAGUCGUCCAACACACGCAAACUGGGCCGCCGACUGACUGUGACGCUGGCCAAAGGAGCGGCGGGACUCGGGUUCAGUGUCACGACACGGGAUAACCCGGCAGGAGGCCACGCGCCCGUCUAUGUGAAGAACAUACUGGCACAGGGCGCUGCGGUGGAGGACGGCCGACUCCGGCCCGGGGACCGUCUGCUGGAGAUUGACGGCCAGCCGAUGGCCGGUCUCAGUCAGCAGCAGGUGGUGCAGACGCUGCGCGCCGUUCCGCCCGGUCACUCGGUCCAGCUGGUCAUAUCGCGGCACGAGCAGGACGAACAGGGCGCCGGCACCGCGGCGACACCGGCCGGCGGGGCGGCCAAACCGCGGGAGGACGCCAGCCCGCGACUGCCCCGGCCGCUGCCGCCGGAGCAGCGGGAGACAGAGUACGAGUCGGAGCCGAGCCACGACAAGGAGGUCCUGGUGUUCGACAUCCCCGUGCACGACUCGGAGCGCGCCGGACUCGGUAUCAGCGUGAAGGGUAAAACGACCGCGAGCCGCUCUGGUCCGCUCGAUGUCGGUAUCUACAUCAAGAGCGUGAUCCACGGCGGGGCGGCGAGCAAGGACGGCCGUCUGCGGCGGGAUGACCAGCUGAUAGACGUCAACUACAGCCCGCUGCUCGGCCUCAGCAACACAGACGCCAUGGAGACGCUGCGCAGGGCCAUGUGCCAGGAGGGUCCGAAGCCGGGCGUCAUCACUCUGACGGUGGCCCGCCGGCCGGAGAACAUGACGUCGGCCGUCAGCGGGCGCGACUCGGUGGCCAGCAUGCUCUCCAACUCGUCCGGGGAGCUGCUGUCGGCCGGCUGGCGGGCGGCCGGCUCCGGCGACCAGUCGGCCUUCAGCGAGGACUCGCAGGUGACGGUGGUGGCCCGCCAGCCGCCGCCGCCGCCGCCGAUACCGGCCCGGCCCGACCGGCAGCCCGCCAGCCGGGCCAACAUCCGUAACGAGAGCUACUACCGGGCGACACACGACACUUGGGACGCGUCGGCGAUACAGCACCACCUGCUGGACACUACUGGCAGCACCAGCACCAGCGGCGGCGCGCCGGGGCGGCACCAGGCUACUGAGACGGGCACCAACACCGCUGGCACCACCGCUGCCACUGGUACUGUCACGGCAGACUGCGCCUACGCCAGCCAGACGUCGCUGGAGCACGCCGGCGUGGGGUUCACCCGCGACCAGCUGGGUCGUCAGUCGAUGAGCGAGAAACGACACGCCUCCAAGGACGCCAAGAGCACGGACACGUACCAGCGCACGAAGCGGGCGCGGGAGGAGCGCGAGGCGCAGCGGAGACAGAUCGAGGCCGAGCUGCGGCUCCAGGAGGCUUCCGAGCGGCGGAGGGCAGAAAUGGUGGGUCCCAGCCUGGGUCUGAAGAAGUCCUCCAGUCUGGAGUCGCUACAGACCAUGGUACACGAGCUGGCUCUGGCGGAGGACGGUCAGCCGCGCGGGCCGGCCGGAGCCGGGCGCGGCCGCGGCUGUAACGAGAGCUUCCGCGCGGCCGUGGACCGCAGCUACGAGGCGCCGCUGGGAGCCAUCCGAGACCGCAUGGAGACCCUGGCCGUGGCGGCUGACGCCGGCUUUGUCGCCUGUCUAGUGGACGAGGAGUCGGCCGGCGCCGGAGGAGAAGGAGCGUUCAGCCGGGACGCCGCCGCCCGACAGAGCUCCAUGAGCUCAGGGGUGGUCGAGGACAAAAAGGGCAAACGCCGCUCCGGACUGCUCAAAGGACUCGGCAGCAUGUUCAAGUUCGGGAAGCAUCGCCGAUCGGAGGAUCAGGGUGAGCCAGUGCCACCAGUCCGGACCACCUCUGCCGAGCCCCAGCCCCAGUCUCAGUCGCAGUCACAGCAGCAGCGGAUCACCCACGCGCCGCCGUCGCAGGGUCAGCCGGCCGGUCCGCCGCCGCCGGCCGCCGGCCAGGAGCGGGCGCCCAGCCGCGCCGAGCGGAUGGUGCAGCUGCGGCAGGAGCACCAGAGGCGGCACGCCACGCGGCACGGGGUCUACGUGACGGAGGCGGCCGAGGAGCGCGCCGAACAGCACCUCAGACAGGUCCACCCGGGGAAGCCGCCCGGCCCUCAUCUGUCGGACCAGAUCAACAACAACGUGCCGCCGGCGGGGUUCGUGCGCGGCGCGCAGGGCGCCCGCAGCAGCGAGUACUUCCGAAACCCGCGGCCGGCGCCCAUGGCACCGCGGCACCGAGGACACGAGGGCGCCGGACCGCCGCCCCACUCCUGGCUGGGUGAGGACGGGGGCCGGCCGGCGCCGCCCUCCCACCAGCCCCACAGCGGUAGCGCGGCCGUACCCAGUGCCGACCCGUCCGACCCCCGCGGCUACCGGUCCCACCCGGGCGGCCCAUCGGAGCCGCGUCAGUCCCACUUCGGCCAGUCGCAGCCGCGCGGCUACCACGAUCCGUCCGACCCGCGGGCGUACCCCGGCGGGCCGGCCGACCUGCGAGGGUACCCCGGUACCCAGACGGACCCCCGAGGGUACUCCAAGGGUGCGGUUGACCCGAGAGGGUAUCCCAACGGGUCGGCCGACCCGCGAGGGUACUCGUCUAGCCACCCGGAGCCGCGCGGCUACCCGGUCUCGGACGUGCGCGCGCACCCGGCCGAGCCGUGGCCUCCGUCCUCCGGGGCCGGUCAGUGGGUGUACCCGGCGCCCGGCAGCGGCUCGCGGCGCCCCUCGGCCGGCGGUCGACCGGCGCCCCCGCCGCCGGACGGCGAGCCGGCCCGGCCGGGCUCGGCGUCCGGCGGCGAGCGGCAGCGCUACGGCCACUACGCCAACUACGAGCAGAUCCGACACCACCUGAGCCGACAGCAGCAGCAGUACCACUCCCAGCGGGGCCGCCACCCGGCCGAGCCGACCGACCGGCCCACCAGCUGCUACUACGAGCACGAGGCGGCUGCUGCCGCGGCGGCGGCGGCGGCGCGGUCCGGCGGUGACCACUCGCUGCCCCGUCACCACGAGCGCAGCCGAUCCGGUCCGGCCAUCGGUCCCGGUGCCGGUGGUGUCGGCGUGCCCUCGUCAGGCGGCUCCGACCCGCGGCUGAGGCCGGCGCCGCUCGGCCUGUCCCAGCAGCAGCACUGGCGGCGGCCGGCCGGCGCGCCGGGUCCGCUGCAGCGCCCCUCGGCGGCCGGCAGUCACGUCUGAGACGCCCCAGGGCGGCCGGCGCUCCGGGCCCGCUGCAGCGCCCCUCGGCGGCCGGCAGUCACGUCUGAGACGCCCCAGGGCGGCUGGAAGUCGUCGGAGGCUGCCGAGGGCCGCCAGCGCUCCCGCAGUGGUGUGUCGAGCCAGAGCGGGGUCCCAGCGGCCCGACUCCAGCGCAUCAGCUGUGAGUGUGUGUGAGCGUGUGUAUGUGUGACGGAGUGUGAAUGUUUGAAGAGUGCCAUCCGAGUACCCGGUGGCUCAGAUCUGUUCCACUGCCGAGCGGGCGACACGGCGCUGCUGGAGCGCAGCUUUACCCAUUUACCCAUGUAUUUAUCAAUGUACUUGUCUAUGUACUUAACCAUUGACUGUUCUAACUUUGUACUGUGUUGUGACGCGCUGUUUUAACUCGAUGUAAUUCGUAGAUCAGUACAACAACGAACCUCUUGAGAUUUCGACGUAGAUCUUUUUCCAUUAUUUUUUUCCAUAUUUGUAUCGUACUUUAUGACAGUGCUGCAUUUUUAUCAUGAAUGAUGUCUGCUUAUUUUUACAUUCAUGUUAUGUCGUGUGACGUAUUGUCCAUUUUUGGCUCGCUGCGGUCGGCGCUGUUACCAUUCUCAGGUACAAAGUGUGCCUCCGUCCACCGAUAUCUGCCUUUUCCAGUGCCUGUGCCACACGGGGGUGCCUUUCGCUGCCUUCGUGAACUGUGUGUCUCAUCAGUGUGUAACGCUGUUUGUCCUCUCUACGCCGUCCUGAGAUGACCCGCAGGCUGUAGCGCGCUGUCACUGGGCGGUAGGUACCCGUCUCCUAUACAGCGGUACCUUCCGAACUGAGCGGCAUGCGUAUCGUGAUGACCAAUUUUCCAUUCUGCAUUCCGAUGCGGAGCUCGUGCUACCGUCUUGUACCGUGCUAUGGAGGCCAAUACGUUCCAUCGUCAGGACAAUACAGGACGGGAUUCUGAU